CUGACCUCCGCUCAAGAAACACCGAUGUCUUGAAAACCAAGAAACUGAAGCAGCUUAGCAAGUAAGACAAGGAAGUCUACAGACUGAAGACAUGGUGUUAACUGCACACAAUCAAUACUGUAUGUUCCAAGCAACAAUGAUAUUUACUGGUAUAAUUAACAAAUCAGUGAUCCGGUUUUGCAUUAUCAGACUAUAUAUGGAGAUCUUAUCUUCAAAGAUCGUAAGAAGACCGCCACAUUCAUUGGGCUGCUAAAUAUGAAAACCCUCGACAGAAUAAGAAAUUUCAAGAUAAGAUUCGAAUCACGGUACGGGAUAAAUCCACAAAAAGAUGGCCGUCAGCAAUACCACAUCACCCAUGAACAUUACUACACUCCUCCCUCGUUCUACCACAGUCGUGUAUGACAAUGACGUGCCAGUGAUAUUGUUGUUUAUCCUUGGAGUUGCCGGGAACAUGAUUGCUCUCAUUGUAUUGUGUUGUUCUGCAAAAACACACCAAUGGCGCCCGUUUCACCGAUUCGUAUGUGGUCUUGCAAUUUCCGAUGGUGGGGGAAUAUUAGCAUCCUAUCCCUUUGCAGGGUACCAAUACAUUUCGCAUUUUAAAUAUAAGUUUUCGCCUCCUUUGAGCAGCUACCUCGGCUUCGUGUUCAUGUUUACUCUGAUGUCUUCAGCCAUGAUCGUCUGCUGUAUGUCAUUUGACCGAUUUUUUGCUACUUUUUACCCUUUCCUUUACAACUCUCCCCGGAGAGAACUCCGGACUAACGUCACACUGGGUGUAGUGUGGUUUCUAGCAGGAAUUAUCAGCAGCCUUCAUCUGUAUGGACUGGGAUCAAGCAAAUGCAUAUACCCUGGAUCAUGGUGUUUCCUGAACUUCAUUGAUUUAGAUCCUUCUUCCGACCCGAAAUCCACACAGAACAUUAUCUACUCCUACAUAUACGCUACUACCGGCAUGAUAGUUGUCCUGAUGACUAUUGUAUUAAAUAUGGCAGUGAUUUUCUUCUUCGUCAGGAAUAGAGUUCUUGGGAAGAGAUCGCGCAAACGAGACCUACACGUGAUUGUAUUUCUCGUGGUCAUCGUCAUUGUACUCUCAUCCUUCUGGACGCCGCUCAUGAUAAACAUUCUUCAGCAUGCGACUGGCGCUGUGGAAGGGGAGAACACCACGGAGUUGGAUCUCCUGCGCAUGGCCGUCACGAAUUCCGUUCUAGACCCCUGGAUAUAUAUUCUACUCCGGAAAGAAUCCCUUAUGUUUGUGCUACGUGUUGUUGAACGUUUGACAGGGAGAAAAGUCAAGCUAGGACAAAAGUUGUCGGGAAUCAGUACGGCCAACAGAAGAUGUUGUAACCCCUGAUGAUGUUUAGAUAACAAAUCCUUAGCAUUGGGAGAUUUAUGAAGCUAUUGCAUUUUUGAAUACAGAUCUCAUUAUUUACACUAUAA